AAACAUGGAACGGGUAGUGGUGGAGGUGCCGAUCAACAACGGUUUUUCCCUUGCCAGCCCUUCCACGCCACCACGGAAGCGUCAGGUGCGCUUUUCGGCACGGCAUGACAUCAUCCUUUUGCGAGAGGUCAUCGCCCAGAACCCCUUUGCCUCCAAAGAACCAGGACGGAUCUGGGCCCGUGUUGGGGAAAUUAUCACAGCAGCCCUCCAAGAUGAAAACUUUGAGGUCGAUGCCAGGAGGUGUAGGGAGAGGACCAUGCUGUUGCUCGACUACUACAAGAAGCAAGACUUUCCCAGCCUGCGCAGGUUUGGAACAGAGAGAUUAUAUGCCCAAAAGGAGGAUUUGCUCCAUGAGGUUUUGGAGCUGGAGGCAGAGAAGGGGCUCCUGGCCAGCGGCGAGGGCACAAAGUACCAGGAUGAUGAGCUGAGAAAGCGAACCAUAGAAGAAUUGACUCUGCCAGAGCAGGACAAACCCAACAUCACUACCACACAAACACCCACUGCAGCAGAACCAGACGAAGAUCAUGAGGAAAUGGCCGUGCUGUCAGCGGCGCCCACAGCCAAGCGACCCUGCCAGUGCUGCUGCCAAACCUACUCUGAGAUUCUUAGCUUCCUGGAGAAACGCUCAGAGGCAGAGCAACGGCUGCGCGAGGAGGAGCUUGCCCUUCGCAGGGAGGAACUAGAGAUUCAGAGGAGUAAGAUCGCUCUGGAGAGGGAACGUCUGGGAGCUGAGAGAAAAGAGAGGGAACGCAGAUUUGAGCUGGAGAGCCAAGAGAGGCAGGUCAUCUUGGACCUGCUAAAAGAGAAGGUGCUGAAAGGCUGACAGAGAAAACAUAGUGGACUGCUAAAAAAAGGAAGGAAAACAAGAAAGUAGGAAGUGAAAAAAGGGAUCAAAGAGAUGAACAGUGCGUUGAGAUAUAUACAACAGUUAGUUCCGACAAAGUAAUUUGAUUGGACAAGAGGCAUUCAAUGAGCGCUGAUAUAGAAUAUAACAACACUUAGACUUUUAACUACAUGCAUCACUCCGCUUUACAGGUGUUCUAAUAACCGUUAAUAACAUUAACGGUCAGUACUGCAGGAUGUACAGAUGCCUUUGCCAAUCUUAACAGCCAAACAAGUACUGUGAGUGUGUGGGUUUAUGCAGACACAUACUGUACAGUAUGUGUGUAUAGUGCACAAAAAAACAAAAAAUAUGGAAUUGCUGACAAUGUUUAAAAACAUCAAUAUUUACCUAAACCAGCUGGACAGAAGCUGAUCUAUAGACAGUAGAUACCAAUAAAAAACUCCCUGUGUUUUACUCUUCACUGCACUUUUUUGCAUGAGGAUUUAAAAGCGUUGCAAUUACAGGCCUGUCACACAACAGAAAAGGGUGCGGUAUCUUAGGUGUGGUGAUCCACUAAUCCAAUACUGGAUGACAGAAUCACCAUGUGACAAGACGUUUGGUUGCACAAAAAUGGAUGAAUGCCUUUUCUUGUGUGACCAACAGCCAUAUGCUUUCAUGAGUCCGAUCUUUGUGAUGCCAGUACGGAAAGCUAUAUAUUUAAGCAAUUAACACUGAAUUUACGAUGCAGCUCAACUAAACCCUGUAGCACUUACCAUAUUAAUGACUUAACACAUUUGAUCAGCCACCACUUUUUCAAUCAGAAGACUUUUUGAGUAAGUAAAACUAUAUUUUACUGACUGUGAAUACACUGCACAUUGAGUGGUAAGCACUUUUGUACUGCAAAAAAUCUUACUAAAACAAGCCAUGAAAUGUGUGAAAUUAGUGAUAAUGUCACAUCUUAGGUGUACAUUUCUUUCUGCUAUAAGAUAAUAAAAUUUAUGUCGACAUCCACAGUUUAAGUUGCUAUGUACAGUUAACUGUCAAUGGUUAAAGUUACAGUUUACAUUAAUAUGGAAUUGAUGCUAAGAGCACUUUUAAUAACAUGUUCCACUGAUCUACAGGUCAUUUUUUCCACUUCCACCAUGAGUUGUUAAAUAAUUUGGUUUUUAUUACAUGGCAGUUGCUACUGUAACCUCCUGUAAAUGCUUUGAAUUAAAAUGCUAUUUUUCCUUAACUUCCAACAACAUAGUCUACAUUGUAAAAACUGAAAGCAUGUGAAGAAAAUUUGUUAACCUAAAAAGUUGAUAAUUUCUACUCUCCAAAUAAAAUAAAAUGUAAGUAAAGCUUAUGUGCAUUCCUCAUGAUCACCAAC